AAAACUGCUGGAUUUGAUCCGAAGGACUGGUACGACAGGUGAAAGUAACUCCGCUCUGUUGAUAGGACCAAGAGGAUGUGGCAAGUCCAUGCUGAUAGAAAAUGUUGUCGAGGAACUGAUGACAAAUCAAGAGAUCAAAGACAACCUUCUACAAGUUCGUCUCAAUGGCCUAUUACAGACGGAUGACAAGAUAGCACUAAAGGAGAUCACCCGACAGUUACAGCUGGAGAAUACAGUCGGCACCAAAGUGUUUGGAUCCUUUGCAGAGAAUCUUCAAUUUCUACUGGAUGCUCUGAAGAGUGGUAGCCACAGUAGUAAACCUAUUUUGUUUGUCCUCGACGAGUUUGACCUGUUUGCCCACCACAAGAACCAGACACUGCUAUACAAUCUGUUUGAUGUGGCACAGUCAGCCCAGGCCCCUGUCUGUGUCAUCGGCCUCACAUGUCGAUUGGAUGUUGUUGAGCUGUUGGAGAAGAGAGUGAAGUCACGAUUUUCACACCGACAGAUCCAUCUAUUUAACAACAUCACACUAGGGGACUACACCAACCUCUUCAUCACAUAUCUCAGUCUCCCCGAUGACUUCACAGACAGGAAGUUUGUAAAGGCUUGGAACCAACAUAUUCAGGAGCUGGCCUCUGAUCAGACCAUACAAGGUGUCCUCCGACGACAGUUUGAGUUCAACAAGGAUGUCAGGACACUACAGCAGCUUCUGAUGUACCCUGUAUGUUGUGUAAGUGAUACUCAUCCAUUCCUUGUUCCUGCUGAUUUUGUUGAUGGUAUGAAGAUGCAGUCCACUGACACCAAGUCAGCUAUGCUUCAUGGAGUUUCAAUCCUCGAGCUCUGUCUCAUCAUCGCUAUGAAGCACCUGACUGAAAUUUACGAUGGUGAACCAUUCAAUUUUGAAAUGGUCUACAGUGAAUACCGAAAAUUUGCCCAGAGGAGGUCAUCCAUGCAAGUUUACGAAAAAGCAGUUGUGUUGAAGGCAUUUGAACACCUGAUUGCAUUAGAGUUAGUGAAGACAAUAGAUGGAGCUGGGUCUCGGGUACAGAAGGAAUAUCGCCUAUUGUCGCUGCUCGUCCAUCCCUCACAGAUUCUGGAUGCUCUGCAAAAAUACCCAAACUGUCCAACAGAGGUCAAACAGUGGGCCCAGUCGUCCGUCAUAUAACAAAGGGAAUGCAGUUUAACAUGGAUAUUUAUAUAGCUGAACAGUCGGCCCAUAACUACAACAUUUAGUCGAUAUGUGGGCUCACUCUCCUCAGACACUUACAGGAAUAAUGCUGAACAGUAAACUUGUCACAUACCUAGGGGAUAAACAUAGCGUAGCAGGUCUAUGUUACCACCAAACACCAGCUGUACCUGUAGGAAUGUUUGAUUAUAGUGUCAUUGACUGUUUACUGCUGUGUCAGGGUAGCAUCUGAGAAAUAAAGAGGUUUGCAUCUUUCUUGUACAGAUAUGCAAACACACAACAAUGUGGCAUUGUAUCACAAAUAGAAACAAUCAACUGGAAUGUUCAAGCAACAUUUCUGGAGACUGAAAACAUUUCUGACAUUGAAGACUGAAAGUCAAAAAAUACAGAAAUGUGCUAUUUAUAUGAGAUAAACAAGGUUUUGAAACAGAAUUUUCGUGUUAGUGAAGUCAUCCAAAUUGAAGGAUUGCUCAAAGUUGGAGAUAAUCAUAGCCUUUAAAACUGUAGCAAGGCAUUUACGAGUCAUUAAAAAGGAAUAACCAGGACACAAAAA